AUGGAGUAUGGCCAUGAAAAGUAUCCCAAUGCUCUCAUCACGCAGAAAUUGACAGUGCUGAAAGCUUUGGAACGUCUAACGCAGCGCGGGAUUGAGUGGCUGACAUCAAGUGGUCAUGUUUCUAUCGAGAUGCCAAAACAUUUGGCAUGCACUGAGGCGGAUGCUCUCGAAGACGAGAUCCUCUUCCCAGGCGACUUUUCAAGCUCCUCCGGCAGUCGACCCUUGGAACCCAUCGAGAGCAAACUGACCAAAUUCGAGGCAGGCCGGAUGAAGGACAAUGUUCUGAAACAGUUUGUUGAGCGCAGCGACUUCAGCGACGACGAGUCCGAUGACGUAGACUGGGAAUCUAUCCAGGAAGAUGCCGAUCAGAUCGACCACUCUAAACAAGACAGUACCACAGGAGAGGGUCAGCUAAAACCGUCUUCUCAUUAA